AUGUCAAGAAUGCAAAGCGCGAAGUCGAACAGAGCGAUAAAUUUCUGGAUGCAAGUGACGAGCCUGGCUCAGCAAGAUUCGCUUAGCGAAUAUCCUUAUGAUUGUUCGUUCGAGGUACGUUGGGCAUCAUUUUUACAAAAGGGUUUCAUCAUCGGGUCAACCGUGUCUAAAUUACGCGAGGCUGAAAGCAAGGAUAGUUACAGCAUUGGCGCAAUGAAUUCUGCAAACAGAGGAAUGUCCAUAGUUUUUUGGAUGAUAUUUGGCCUAUCCGUUUCUCCGAUACGACCCGAAAAUUGUAUCAGGAAGUGGACGACUCAGGUCGCUGAUUUUUUCGAACCAAUAUCGUCGAUAGUGGAUUCCAGAUGCAGAAACGACACGCUGGACUGUCUGGAGGCUGCAAAAAACCUCUCAAACAUCUGGGCCAUCAGCAUGAUCGACGCUGCGGGAAAAUACCCGGCCGGAAUAUUGUCAGGAAACAUACGUUCGAUGGGAAAUUUCGACCAGUGUCUUAAGGUCCGACAUCCGGAUAAUGAAUACGUGGGAAAAUACUGUUUGGCUAGAUUGAACUACUCAGUUCAUGGGGAGAACCAAGCCAUCAUACUGAAGUACAUCGAUCUCGUUACGGCUGGUAGAAGAUUGCUCGAGCUCGGUGAUGACUGGGAUAAGGGUACUUUGAUCCUGCCAACAUAUUCACGCAGCGAAUUGGCUGUAUGUCUUCCGUCAACGUGCUCGGCAAGAGAUGUUGCCAUUAUGACCGAAGACGCUAUUCGACGAGCAACCUUUGAGACCGGUGUUCAAGUCGCCGUCUCACUCGACGAUGAUCUUUGUUACACGACGUUGAGGACUGAGCCGUUUACAGGAGUCGAUUAUUUCGUGACAUUCAUCUGUGGAACGCUGGUAACCUUCACCAUUGUUGGAUCGGCAUCGAGUAUAAUUACCAACGUGCAAAAGAGAAACGGAGUACUGCCGAAGAUUUUGCGAGCCUUUUCGAUCGUCGAUAAUUGGAAGCACUUGACGAAUCUCGGCCCUCCCCCCAACGAUGCGAUCACCUGCUUGGAAGGAAUGAGAACCUUGUCAACCGUUUGGGUCGUUAUGACUCACCAAACGAUGCUAAUCGGCCAAUUGGCGUACGUCAAUAAACUCGAGACCAUGCAGACUCACAACGAUUACGGGUACUACGCGAUAUGGAACAGCUACUUCAACGUCGAUACCUUCCUGUUCGUCAGCGGACUUCUUCGCGCUUACAAUUUGACCAAGGAACUUGAGCAGGGCAGAGCCAAUUAUUUGAAAUCAGGACUACAGAGGUAUCUUAGGCUGACCCCAUCCUAUCUGGUCGUCAUAAUAUUUUACGUGUCGUAUUUUGAUCGACUGGACGUCGGUCCGACGUGGAACAUCUACGUAGGGCGUAACGUCGAAGCGUGCAGAAGGUACUGGUGGCACAAUUUGCUCUACAUAAACAAUUACGUGCCGGGAAAUGACAAGUGCCUUUUACAGUCCUGGUAUUUGUCCGCUGACAUGCAGCUCUAUCUGGUGGCUCCGCUGCUCGUGUACUCCUUGUGGAAGUGGAAACUGGUCGGGAAAAUCCUGUCCACAAUUGCGGUGACCGUGUCGAUCGUUCUGCCCUUUUUGACAACUUGGAUAAACGAGUUUCCCGGAACUUAUAUGUUCACGGUUAGAAAUUCUGUACUCAACUCGUACGCGCACGAUCUUUAUAUGGCGACUCACGAUCGAAUGUCACCCUAUCUAGUCGGCAUUCUGCUGGGCCACCUAUUUCACCUAAAGAAGUCCCCGUCCCUGGCCAAGUGGAAGGUCGCCGUGGGUUGGACAGUGUCGUUAACCGUCAUGUACGCCUGUGUCUACGGGGCAAAAGACAUGACUUCCUUUCAGCACACCUAUAAUCUCUUGGAGUCGGCCCUUUACGGAGGUCUUCAUCGUUUCGCAUGGGCCGUCGCUGUCGCCUGGGUCGUUUACGCUUGUCACGUCGGCUACGGAGGGCCCGUGAACGCCUUUUUGUCCUGCAACGCGUUCAGGUUUCUGGGCCGAUUGAGCUACUGCGUUUUCCUAACUCACCUUGCUGUCCUGCUUUACAACGCUGCCGUUCUCCAAGUACCGAGGCAACUUCAUACCUACAUCUCGAAAUCAACGACUAAUGGGUAUAGUACAAAAACCCUGGAUUUCCCAGAUCUGUACCUGGACCCACGCUGCGUCAAUGGCAUAAAAAACGAUGAAUCAAUGAAGUGGUUUAGCAUAUUGACUUUGGUCAUUCUUAGCGUGAAUUGCCCCGAGCCAGUCGCCUGCACAGGUAAAUAUUAUUGGUCGAAUGGAGAUGAGGCCGAUAGCGGAAGCGGCGGUAGUUCUUACAACCACCGAGGAGGUGUUGGCUCCGUGGUAAUCGCGCGAAUCUGGGAAUGGUGGUGUUUACCCAGAACCAUGCUGGAGACAAGAGUCUAUAUAAGACGACGCUCUCGCUCAGAUAAUUCCUCAGUCAAAAUGCGUGCCGUUUCGUUGGUGGUGUUGUACGGCUUGUGUCUCAACGUUCCGGCUCAGAGCACUGCAAUUCUCGCCAGUUGCACCGGUGCCGUCACCGGCAGCGAUACCAUCAACGCAUCCAGUGUUCGACGACCGGUUACCAGCGGCUUAAAUUUGACCCACAACCAGACCCUUGCCGUCCCGAAACAUGCUUUUCAAAAAAAUAUAUCCGACCUACUCGACGACGACGACGACGUCGACGACGAGCUCGUUGCAAGCCCGGGUCAAGAUUUCAACCACUUGUCACUCGGACCCAGUGCACCUCAGAAUUGGAUUACACAGGUGAUAUCGACGUUGACCCCGCUUCCGGAUAACCUUGGGAUCGCCUGCCAGAGGGACACGCAGACGUAUUUACAGGAACUGAGUAACUUCACCCACUGGGCCGUCAGGAUGAUGGACGCCAGUGCGAAGUUUCCCCACGGUAUUCUUAUGGGGAAUAUACGCAGCAUGGGUGACUUCGACGAGUGUCUUUGGACGGAAACUGACCAGGAAAUUGAGCCGAAGUACUGUCUCGCCUCCGUUUAUAAUCUGGAUGUGAAGAACACGUAUCCGGUGUACGACAAGCUUCAAGAAAUCGUUCGAACCAUGACCAUCGGCCGAAUGAACAUGGAGACGUACGAAACGACCAUGGGAACCAUACCAAUGCAGAGGUCAGGACGAAUCGAAUGGGCCAUGUGCAUUCCGGCAACCUGUUCCCCCGUCGACGUUGAGAUAAUGCUGAACGCCGCCGGAAAGCGGAUCUUCCCUGAAUUGGAUAUCAGAGCGACGGUGCACUCGAAGGAUUGUUAUACGAACUCGCAGCCACAGGGCUUCUCCUUGAGGGAUAAGCUCAUUUUAUUAAGCAUGAUGGUCAUCGUUUCAUUGGUCGUCGUUGGGACGCUUCGGGACCAUGACGGCGCUAACAAUAACAACAACAACAACAACCAGGACGAAGAAAAACCACUAGGCGUGAAGGUACUGGACGCGUUCUCAUUGAAACGGUCUUGGAAAAAUCUCACCGACUUUUCGCCCAGCCGAUCCAGCAGACAGAUCGAAUGCCUGGACGGUUUACGAGGAAUUUCGUCGCUCUGGGUUGUCAUGGGUCAUCAGGCUCUCCUGGCAUCCUCCAGUCCUUACUCGGACAAAGUGACUUUUUUUAACACGCAACAGUACACCAUCCUCAUGAUUCUCUGGAAUUUCUUUUUACCCGUCGACACUUUUCUCGUCAUCGGCGGCCUCGUUCGCUGUUACAACCUGAUACCAGGAUUGGAAAAGCGAACUGUAAAUCACUGGAAAAGUGCCAUUACAAGGUACCUCAGACUGACGCCGGCACUCCUGGUCGUUAUCGGUCUCUACGUAUCGGUCAUGUACAGAAUAUCGAACGGACCGCUCUGGAAUCGGCACGUAGGCGAAAACAAGGUCGCUUGUGAAUGGAACUGGUGGAAGACUGUCUUCUACGUAAAUAAUUACAUAUACAACGAGCGUGAGGGAUAUCACUUGUGUCUGCUCCAAUCCUGGUACACGUCCGUGGACAUGCAACUGUACCUGUUGGCGCCGCUGCUGAUAGUCCCACUGUGGCGUAAUCCCAAGCUGGGGAUGCCUUUGCUGAUAACAGUAGCUGGAAUCGCGACUGCAGUCGAAUACGCGACGAUUGUGUUGAACAAGUUACCAGGACUGCCGAUAACGAUGCACUCGGACGACAUUGCCAUUCUCACCUACGUGCGAACUUUCUAUUUCGUUUCCCACACCAGAGCGAUGCCCUAUUUGAUCGGUAUUGCAACGGGAUACCUAAUGCACCGGUACAAGACCAUCACUCUGUCGAAGACCCUGCUGACCAUAGGCUGGCCCUUGGCGAUGCUUGGCUUGUUUUGGCCUCUUUUUGGGUCUCUGGGCUAUCUGGCAAUCGAUUACCCUCUUGGAUCUUGGAGACACGCGUACUUCGGAGCGUUUCACAAGUCGGUUUGGGCUGUGGCCAUUUCCUGGAUAAUCGUCGCCUGUCAUAACGGCUACGGAGGAGCGAUCAACGCGUUUCUUUCCAGCAGGGUACUGAAGUUCCUCUCUAGAAUAUCGUAUUCCGUAUUUUUGCUUCACAUGGCAAUCCUCCUGUGUUUCACAGGGUACCUGAGAGUUCCGAAGCACACAGAUUUCCCCUCAAUAAUGAAGGAAAUGGUCGGUGAACUGAGCGUCGUUAUCACCCUGUCAAUCAUCCUUCACCUCAGCGUCGAGGCGCCGUUUGCGGAACUGUCUCAGAUAGUAUUCAGAAAAACAAAGCGGGAAGUUAAGAAGUUAAAGUAGCUUUCGACUAACGUUAUUACCCGGUGUCGAGUCGCUGGUAGUAUCGCGUCGUUUUUCCGAAGUGCCGCGUUUGUAACGGGGCGGUUAUUGUUAUUGGUAUUUAUGUAAGUACCACUCGGCAACAUUCGAGAUGGUAAAGAGACGAAUGAGUGAAUUAUGUUGUUGUAUAUAUGUUGUAUAUUGUAUGUAGGUAUUUAUUUUUAUGAAUGGCGUUAAGCUGCGACGCUCGCGACGUUCACUUAAGUAGCCUGUAUGAAUAAAAUGAAUAUUCUUUAUGUUAUGUAAUA